GUGUUCAUUAAUUCAAAGCCUCUCAAAUCUCAACCUCUCAAUCCCUGUCUUUUGUAAACUCAUCACUUUUAUUUUCCAUCAGAGAGAAGUGAGAGAAAGAGGCAGAAACAUGGCUAGUUGUAGCAUGGCAUCUGCUGCUUCAGGGUUCUUGUUAACUCCUAAUGUUGCAGCAGCCAAUGCCAAUUCAGGUUCUAGGAGCAGUAACAUGGUGUUUUUCCCUUCGAAGAACAACAAUAAUAACAAUUCAAAGCUUAUUGUGAGGGCAACUGAGGAGGGUGCAGCAGCAACACCUGCCACCACCACAGCACCAGUAGAAGCUGAAGCACCAAAACCUAAGCCACCACCGAUUGGACCCAAGAGAGGAACCAAGGUGAAGAUUCUCAGGAGGGAAUCCUACUGGUUCAAUGGCAUAGGAUCUGUUGUAGCUGUUGAUCAGGACCCAAAAACACGUUACCCAGUUGUGGUUCGAUUCGACAAAGUUAAUUAUGCGAAUGUAUCUACAAACAACUAUGCAUUGGAUGAAAUCGAAGAAGUUAAAUGAGUGUGAUAUGUUCCUAUUGUAAUUUUGAUUUUCACGUUACUCCACUGUCUAGCUUAAGCUUUGUCUAAGUCAUGAAUCUGUAUCAUACUCCCUGGUGAUUCUCUGUCUUAUUCCUUGCUGUGUUUCAUA